AAUAAUAGACAAAAUAAAAUGGCAAAACACGUAUUAGAAGCCGGCGAUAAAGUAAAAAUUGAGCUAUACAAUGGGCGCGAUAUUCAUGCCGAAUUUGUCAGCGAAAACGAAAAUGGAUUCACUGUCAAAAAGAGCAAGGAUCUGAUCUCUGGAAAGGAGCGAAAGUUCAAUCAAAAUUUUUACCAUUCGGAGGUCAAAUCCAUUGUUAAAAUCCACGUGCCAACUACGCAACAUGAAGUUCCAAGUGAAAGCAAUAACAAACCACGAUGUGAACGUAACGGUUCAAUUGCGAAAAAGAAAUUCUCCCAAAUUGAAAUUGCAACGAUUCAAAAUAUGGCCAGAGAAACGGUACACAUUGCACAACACGAUGAAAGAUACCACAGUUCCAUUGAUGAUUUGAAGCGGCAAUCAAUAAUCACCGUUAAUUCUGAGAAUAGUUUUGGCCGACUCGAUACAAAACGUCCAUUGCUGACAUUGACAACACCAUCUAAAGUCUACAUAUUCGACAUGCUGCGCCUCGGACAAAUGAAAAAAGAAUUUAAAGAAAUUUUUUCAUCAGAUUUACCACGAAAAAUAGUGCACAGCUCAGCUGAAUUGGCGGACUAUCUACUUCACAAGGAAACGUGCACCAUCAACAACGUUUUUGAUACUUUGAUGGUACAUUUCAAUUUGGAAAAGAAACACGAGCAUAUAAAUUUACAAAAAUGCUACGAAAAAUACUUUGAACUGCCAGACGACUUCAUUCUCAGCAAGUUCGACUACAACAUUCGACCGUUAUCGAAAGAGUCCUUGGUUCGAGCUGCAUUGAACUCGAUAAUGCUGAUGAAGUUGUACUGGCACAUGAACGAUAUUUUGAUGAAGCCGUUUUAUAUCGCAAGUAAACAAUUCUCCGAAACUUACUCAAGCGUUGACCACCAAGUUGAUUUGGUGCUGCAUGUGAACGGUCGAGUUUAUCCCGGCGUGGAAAACAUCGAAUUGAACGCAAUCGAGCAACUAGACAACGAACUUGAGUUGAUACAGUUAAACUAAGUCAAAAGGUGUGUGCAUAGAAAAUGGUAUUGGAACUUCUGAGAUGCCUUCACAUCAAAAUUCGUUUUUCUUAAAUUUUAAAUUUACCUGGUCCAGACACGGAAUCGAAACAAAAACUCUAUUGUAUUCACAAAAAGCAUUUAAUUUAUUAUAAUUUCAUUGAAAAGCAAUUUAUUACCCAUCAUAAUAAUACAUAAUUUUUUUAGAAGUCACAGGUAGUUAAUCAAGCGUGAAAUUAAAAAAAAAUAUAUUCAAAAUGCAAAAAUCAUCAUGGUCAAAAAUGCUAUAGACAAACAGACUUCGGCGUUAAUCAAAAACAUGAUUAAUUAAUCAUGACAUUUUCAAAUUGAUUCCAGCCGGUGGGCGCUGGUAUCGAAGAUUUUUUGUUGGAGAUUCAACGAAUACGACAUCUAUUAAAAGACAUAAAGAUUUUUGUUACUCUUUAAUGUUCUUUAACUGUAGCUGCUUGUGCAAAAUUUAUAACAAACACGCAUACACAGAAUCGGUGUCAGUACUAAUACGUUUGCAAUACAGCUAUAUAGUUCGCUAGAGCUGUAUCAACACAGCAGUAGUAACGAAAAUCUCUAUUGUCUUUAAUAGGUGGCGUAUUGUUGAAUUUUCAUCAAAUAUUUCCAUACAAAAAGUGCUUCACUAGCGCCCACCGAUUCCGGCUAAAUGCAGUGAUAUGCACAUUUAUGUUUUAGUCACUAAUAAAUGCAGUAAAAUUGAUAAGAGCAGACAAUUUUAUAUAAAGAUCAGAAUUGCUAAUAUCAGAAUCCGAAUUCUGUGUAUGUUGCACAUUGUGAAGAGUGAGAAUUUGUGUGCAUGCACAUGAAAAUAAUGUUUUUUUUUUCUUUGCGAAAGAUUCAAAUACGAAUUUUAUUUAUCAAAAGAAAAAUGGUUAUUGGAUUAUUGGAUUUAUACGGGGAGUAUACUAGGUCUGCUAUCCAGCAAAAUCCAUAGUUUCUCGUUGCUCAGGUUUCUUAACCUAUUGCAAGACACCCGUUUGUGUGUCUAAAACACACUAAGUAGUUCAUUAUCAAAAUUAAGAAUGUAUUUUUGAUGUAGGAUGACAAAAUGAAUCUUUACAUUUCAAAAGUCAAAAUAUUCACAUUCCACUUCACAUUUGUGACUUUAAAACAAUAAAAUUUCAUUGACACACGAUAAUUUCAAAAUUCAUAAACCAAAUAGAAUUCGGUUCAGUUUUUCGAUUGAAAUAAUGCAUAAAUUUGAACAUUACUUUUGAUUUCAAAUUAAAAAAUAUUAAAUUUUAUUUCUUCAUUCAAAGAGUAAGCAAAAUAUACCGUUUAGUGUAAAAAGACGAAUAAUUUAAGCAACGGAUUGUACUAAACAUCACUGUAAUAGUCAACACAAUAACUAAAAAGGCAAUACCAAAAUGUUACCCAACCAAAUUUUUAUUUAAGCAGAAGUUCACGCGAAAAGAAAAGUUGUUCUGAAAAAUAUAAAUAAAAAUGUAAAAUUUCAUUUUAGAA